UUACUGCCACCGUGACACACGUAGCUAUUUUCAUGUUGGGAGUGUGUGGUAAUGCUAUGCUUAUCGUGGUGACACACAAGUCAAAACUCUUCAAACAUCCGAUGUACACCUAUUUGGUGUCCAUGGCCUAUUCCGAUCUACUGGUGUGUUUAACGGCCAUUCCGGAAGCCAUUGUUGGGUACCAUUUUGAAAAUCAGUGGUUUCUUGGUCAAGUGGGCUGUUCCGUAUUCGUCUUCCUCAAUUUUUUCGGGAUCAAUUCCGGGGUCGGCAGUAUGUCCAUGAUGACUUUCGAGCGCUUCCUUGCCAUUUGUCGCCCACUGUUAGCCCGAAAAGUGUGUACCGUGGAAAGAACGCGUAGGAUCAUCAUCUACUUAUGGAUCAUCGCAGCCGUUUACUGCUCACCGUGGCUGGGUUUGACCGUCGUGAAAGCCAUCGAAGGCACAGACCGGGAGAUCUGCGAUUUUCGCUUAACGCAAGCGUACUACAUGACGAUCUUCGGGGCGGAUUUGUUAUUAUUUUAUUUCAUUCCGCUGUUAGCGGCAGCGGUAAUCUUUGUCAAGAUCGGCGAAGCUUUGCGGAAGCGUGAAGCGGUGAUUAGGGGAUCCUUAAGUUUAGCGGAAGACUUGAAAUUCGCAAGGAAGCCAACAAUACGGCAGAACGAUGAGGAAGAGCAACUGAGGUAG